AUUUAUUGUUAAUUUAAUCUUAACUGAAUAAAAGUUAACAUUAUCAUUUUACCAUAAAAAAUUGUUAUCAGUUAAAGGAGAAGUAAUUGGCUAAAAUAUAUCAUUAUUUCUAAUAAAAAAAUUACGUAUCAUUCGAGAGUAUCGUAAUACUAGGAGUGAUGUCAUGAAUGGACAUCCUUGGCUAUAAAUGAUGACUUAUUGGAUCCCUGAUGCGUUUGUCGGACGUCUACAUAAAAGGGGUAGCAAAUUAUAAAAUUAAAAAAAAAUAAUGACCAUUUAGUAAAAGAAGAAUACAUUAACAAGGUAUUUAAUUUUAACAUGAAAUAUCAGUUUUCAAUCAUUAUCAAAUCAAAGUCUAAUUUAGUUAAAUUCCAUCAUAACAUGUUGUAAUCACAUGCAAGCGCAUGAUUAAACAGAUAAUCAGUUAGAAAAUAAACAAUCGAUGUUAUGCUUUGUGCUUGAUGCACUGCUUUUUUUGUUGGUCAUAAUACUUCAGAAGCAUAGAUAUCAAAGUGAAAGUUUAGUUAUCAUUAGUUAGGUAGGAUUGUUAAAUAUUAUUAUGAGAACAAUGUUAUCAGAUGGUCAUGGAAGUUAGUCUCAUACUAUUAUUUUUUUGUCAGUAACGAAAAAUAGAAGAAAUAAAAGUAUGUUUCAGAGAAAUUAAAGUAUAUGCGCGGGCGCGAAACAUCAGUUACUGAUUCAUCUCUGGGACUCUUUACUUUAUUCUUCAGUGUUGACGCAAAAACCAAUCGGCGAAGAUAUCUGCAAAAACAACCCCCGGUGCAAUAAGUUAAUUUUAACUAAACGUAAUGGAGACUUCAACAAUGAAUAUAAUUACGAAGACAAAUGCUUCAAUUGCCGAAGAACUUCCUCUUGACAUGAGAUUUAAUGAAGGACACAUCAUUAGUAUUGCAACUUAUAGUGUUUUAAUGGCAAUAUCUAUCACUGGAAAUACUACAGUUUUUGUAUUAAUACUUCGAAGACGAAGAAUAAAUCAAUCUCGAAUUAAUACCAUGUUAUUACAUCUUGCUGUGGCUGAUUUACUAGUUACGCUAUUAAUGAUGCCAUUAGAAAUUGCUUGGGCUAUAACCGUUCAAUGGAAGGCGGGAGAUUGUAUGUGCAGAAUAAUGGCUUUUUUUAGGGUUUUUGGAAUUUAUUUAUCAUCUUUUAUUUUAGUCUGUAUCAGCAUGGACAGAUACUACGCCGUUCUAAAACCUCUACAGUUAAUAGAUAUUGACAGAAGAGGAAAAAUCAUGCUUCUAUCAGCAUGGAUAGGUUCAGCUUUUUGUUCAGCACCACAGGUGCUGAUUUUUCAUGUAGAAAGUCAUCCAAAUUUUACUUGGUACAAACAAUGUAUCACUUAUAAUGCAUUUCCAAGUGACACUCAUGAAUUGACAUACUCAUUUUUCUGCAUGACGAUGAUGUAUUUAUUUCCACUGAUAGUCAUAAUUUACACUUAUUCCAGUAUACUUCUAGAGAUUUAUAGAAAAUCCAAAGAAUCAGCUGCAGAUAGGAUACGAAGAUCAUCUUUAGGCUUCCUUGGUAGAGCACGAAUUAGAACUUUGAAGAUGACGAUUGUUAUUGUCUUGGUAUUUUUUAUUUGUUGGACUCCUUAUCAUAUCAUGAGUGUUUGGUAUUGGGUUGAUAGAGAAAGUGCAAGCAAAGUUGAUUUGAGAAUUCAAAGGAUUCUUUUCCUUUUCGCUUGUACAAAUUCUUGCAUGAAUCCCAUUGUUUAUGGAGUCUUUAAUAUCAGACGCACCAACAAAGUGAAAAUUCGUACGAGCACCCACUUUAGAAACUCGAGUUACACCGGUCUCCUUAUCAGUGAAACUCAUCGAAUAUAAAUAGUCAUCACAGCAUCAGUAUAUAUUUUUAUUAUUUAUAUAAUUUAUAUAUAAUUAUCUAUGAAAAAUCAAAACCAAAAAUUCUUAUUCUUAAGAAGAACUUAAUAUUUUCAA